AGGCGAUGACGCCACGGUGCGGGGCGGUGCGGGAGUGCUGCGGGGAUGGAGGAGAGGGAGCGGCUGUGGCGGCAGAUCCGCCUGCUGCAGGGUCUUAUAAACGACCAUAAAAACACGCAUGGGAACGCGCCGCGGCUGCUACCAUCCGCGCCGCCAAGGUGGAACAACCCCCACCAGCCUACCUUCAGCAGGAGGGGGGCAUUUUCGGCCAGGUACCCCCAGCAGGCUCCCAGGGAUUUCCAGCUGCACCAGGGUAACUCCUGGAGGAAAAAAUAUUCCCUUGUCAACCGGCCACUGGGAUCGGCAUGUGACGUUGGAAGCGGUGGAAGUACCAGCACGUCUCAGGCUUUUGGAAGCCAUGGGGGGGACAACCAGGCACCUGAGCCACCAGAAUUGUCCCCAGAGAGACAUGUGGACUUAACCACAGAUGGUAAUAUAGUUGUGGGGAUCCAGCUGCCACAGAGGGCUGGCUUGUUUGUAGAUACAAAAGAUUUUGCUGAUGUGGGUUCAUACUGUGAAUUUUCUGGGCUGAAAACAAUGGUUGCUGCUCCAGGUGACAGUAAAAAUGUGCAGAAAUCUUUGUACGCAAGCCGAAAUGAAGAGAGAAGACCUUCUCUCUCCAUUUCAUUUAGUUCAUCUCACCGGUUCGUGAGUUCAGCACAUGUGAGCAUGUCGGAUAAGCCUAGAACGGUGCGUCUGGCCAGCGAUGUGGCUGGGAGCUGCCCUGCCUCCUGCGGAAGCACCAGUGAAAGUGCUGUGACGCUGAAAUCAGAGCCGCAACAGCCUUCGGUGUUGCCAGAUCGCGAGUCGGCUCGGCACUUGGUACGGAGGAAGGCAGAACCGCUGGCUCCAGGGCACUCUAGUUGUGAGCAAGUCAGGGAUGCUUUUAGCGAGCCGAAGCUCCUUGGAAAUGGUGAGACACGCUCUAGACCCGCUCAGGCUGCGACUGUGGUGGUUGGGGUGACUCCAGUGAAGAACAGGUUUUCCGUAGUCCCCAAAGCUGCUGGUUUGCAAAGAGCUGCCUCAACAUCUGUUUCCAGCAAAGCUCCGAAGUUCAGGAAAACUAAUUACACGUGGGUCGCAAACCCUGGUAAAUGCUCUCGUACUGUGAAGAGAUGGGUUAGCCCUAGAGCUUCUGAAAGCGCUAAGAAGGUUGCUGGUGGAGUGGACAGAGGUGCCAAACUAUUGCCAAAAGCAGACUUGGGAACAAAACUGAAGAAAUCGGGAUUGCAGUCCAAACCGGGUGUUUCUCCCAGCAAAUAUAAGUGGAAAGCCUCCGGCCUGCAGACCUCACCUUCCACCUCCAAGUCAGCAUUCAGGUGGCAAUCUGAGGAUCAGAAAAAGCCUCCAGCUCCUGACCUUCCUCGAGCUGACGCUGCCCCGCCGCCUCCAAGCGCUGCGUCUGUUGGUCUUGGCAGGAUGAAGUCCUCCUUCGGCGAUGCGGCGCUGUCCAGUUAUAAAGUGAAGAGUCGGACAAAAAUCAUCAAGAGAAAAGGAAACUCGGGUUCCCCAACAGAUAAGAAGAACAGCUCCUUGCCCACCACACCUCUGAAAAGCCACUUCCAUGUCAGGAAGAAAAAUUCCUUGCGGGGGAAACCUUCUGUGACACCGAAACGCUCACCCAAGGGUCUGGUGCAGGUCACCAAGCACAGGCUCUGCAGGCUGCCGGCCACCAGGACGCAGAUCUCCACCAAGGAAGGAGCCAACUUGCACUUUGUAAGGAGCCCCCCAGCCAACAAGGUGAUAAAGACGCGCUACAGGAUAGUGAAGAAGAAUGUGAUCUCUUCAGCCGGGUCCAUAUCGUCCUUCAGCAGCCCCAUUCCCAACUGGAAGACGAGGCGCCCUGUGGCAUCCAGAUCCCUGCUAUUAAACCAAACGCGCCCGUCGCCUCAGGGUGGCAAGUCCCAACACGUGCAGCAGAGAUGGAAGAGCAAAGGCUAUCGCUGCAUCGGUGGGGUGAUGUACCGAGUAUCGGCGAAUAAACUCUCCAAGACAUCCAGCACCCCUGGCCGGGGCAGAGACCUGAGCACCAAGAGCCCCGGCAGAGCAGCAGCGAGGUUGCAUUGUACGCCCAGUCCUGGCUCCUCUCCAUCUGGCUGCUUGAACAGAUCAGCUACGAGCCGAUACAUCGCCAGCCGUGCUGUUCAGCGGAGUUUGGCCAUCAUUCGUCAAGCCAAGCUGAAGAAAAAGAAGAAGGAGUACUGUAUGUACUACAACCGCUUCGGCAAGUGUAAUCGUGGGGAGAGCUGCCCCUACAUCCAUGACCCAGAGAAGGUGGCCGUCUGCACCAGGUUUCUCCGUGGCACGUGCAAGAAGACGGAUGGGACCUGUUCGUUUUCCCACAAGGUGUCCAAGGACAAGAUGCCGGUGUGCUCCUAUUUCUUGAAGGGGAUCUGCAGCAACAGCAACUGCCCGUACAGCCACGUCUACGUGUCCAGGAAGGCAGAAGUAUGCCAGGAUUUCCUCAAAGGCUAUUGCCCCAUGGGAGAAAAGUGCAAGAAGAAGCACACGCUGGUUUGCCCCGACUUUGCCAAGAAAGGCGUCUGCCCCAGGGGUGCCCACUGCAAGCUUCUGCACCCACAGAAGAAGCGCCACCCAAGAGAGGCUGAAGAUGGGGACCACAGCGAACCCCCCUCUAAGUGGAGACGGCUCUGGGAGGAGACGGGCAGGAAUGAUCCAGCUCAGCUCCACGAUGAUGGAGAAAUGCCCGGACCCUCCAGUGCGGAGCAAGAUGUAAAGUUUUGGAAAGAGAUGGACACCUCACCAAGCAGCAAGCUGCAAAAGCUGCCGUCCUUCAUCUCCCUCCAGUCCUCAGCAUCCCCUGGUGACCAGGACUGCGAAGUGGAGAAGGACGAGGACGAGCCGGAGGAUGAGCCAGGAAGCACCAAAUGGAAGAGGACUUUGCCACUGGCAUCCUCCCAGGACUCCGAAAACGCCCGUCUCGAGGAGGGUGGCAGAGGCAAACGUCUGCAGAUCAAGCCACGGCUGUGAGCAAGACCCAACUCCUGUGGCAGCCGAUCAGCUCAGGAACCGCAGAGCCGGGCACGACCUGGCACCUACCUCAGGACGCCACGGCCGGAUGUGGCACCCCCUUCUCCUCUUGUUUUUUUCCGGGACAUCAUUUUUGGCAAGGAGCCUGGUGGCAGCGUGAGGAAGUGCCGCCCAGUCCCGUUGGGAAGCAGCUUUGUUUGAAAUAUUUUAAUUUGCCAAUAAGUUAUCUUUUCAGCUGGUUUAUUGAAGGUGAGUCCUGCCACCAGGCUCCUUGGAUGCUCGCAGGACUGGGAAGAGGCUCCCAUGCCCAUCACUCUUCUCACAGAUUGCGGCUCCGCUGCCGUCCCGGACACAAGGUGACAUGGGGACCUGAGGAGCUUAAUGCCAUCACACGACGUGCCCGCAUCCAGGUCAGCCACUAUAUCGGGGACAAGCGUGGCCGGUGGUCGCAAGUCACCAUGGCGGGAUGUAAUGGGGCGUAAAGCCCCCGCACGGCUCAGCCCUGACCUCCCUGUCCCAGGAGCCCACCUGCAUCCAUCCCGCUCCAUCCCCUUGAUUUUGGGAGGAGAUUUCUUGGAGCGGAGCUGUGUGCCGAGAGCAUCCGUAGUGGAAAUGGGUGCUGGGAGCAGCACUGAGCUCACACCAAAUGGUCCUGCAGCACAUCAGGAUUUUCUAGUUGCACCUUGACACCCACCUCUCCCCGUCCCAGCAGGGGAUGGGACCACCUCUUUUGGGGUUUUUUUGGGAGUCACUCCAGAUCCAGGCAGGAGCAAAGCACGGGGGGAGCAUUGUGCUGAGCCGAGUAGCGCCAGCUGUGCAGCAGCCGGCACGAUGGGUUUUUGCAUCCGUGGGUACAAUUUCCAUGGGAAUUUCGGGAUGGUGGAUGCUGUUCCCCCCACGUGGAUGCGAUUUUGGGGACAGCUGCAGGAUCUCCCCUUUCCAAGAGGUGCUGAGAGCCAUGUGGGGUGGCAGGAUUUGUCCAUCCACUGCCCCUCAACCGCAGCACCUUCAGGCAAAGCCUUGAGGGGAAAAGGCGACGACAAGCCCGUGGGUGAGCGCUGGGGCUCCCUGGGGACCCAGCACCCAGGUGUGCUCGGCAGUGGGGUGGGCAACGGAGCCCCCGCGAUGCUGCGGGCUCAGGUGCGUUGCGGCUCCGGCAAGGGGCUGACGGCUGCGGUUUCGCUCCCGUGGCCGGGCAGCGUUGGUCCCCCCGGGGGGUUUCCCUUCCCCAGGUGAGCACCCAUGGGUGCGUGCACCCCGUGACGGGGUCUUGUUAUCACCCCCACCCCCCUCGUCUGCAGGCUGGGGUGCUCCCCCCCUGCCCGCCUGGCUCAUGGUGGGGGAUUUAUCGCCUGGCUCGGGUGACCGGGACAUGGCGUGCCACCAAAGGCGCGAUGUCAUUAAUGCCCGUCACUUCCCCGGGCUCCUGUUUAAGGAUGCUGAACCGGCAGCUGGGGGGGGGGGGUGUUAGUGCCACUUGGAGACCAGUUCGGGGCGGCCGCGUCCCCAGCGUCCCCCCAGCCAUCGCAGGGACCAGCAGGUCCCCCCCGUCCGGGGCUGCACUCAUACCCCAGUGUGUGUACAGGGAGGUGUUUUUUAAUAAAAACUUCGUCGUCUCCGUUGAUA